CAACUGCUCUCCGUCUCGUGGAGUUUCAACGGCAUUUUAUGGGGGAAACACUAGAUGCAAUGGACGAAAUAUACAGUACGUGUGGAUUACUUCUUCAUUUAGACGAGUAGGCUAUUCUUUUGCGGCGAUGUCCUCUCUGAAAUCACCUGUAACAAUGGGUAAAUCCUGGACUAACCAUCUUCUAGUGCUCUUUAUGUGGAUAUGCUUAGGUGCCCAGCAAAUGGAAGAUGCUUUGCCUUUUCAGUUUACUUAUCCAUUUUAUGAUGUGACGAUAUAUGAAAAUUCAGCAGCAAAAACUUAUGUUGAAGGCCCUAUAAAAAUGGGAAUUUUUAUGACAAAUCAAUCUGUGGACAUUUGGUACACAAUAGAAUCUGGAGACCAUGAUAAUUUAUUCAAGGCUGAGACAUAUGUCUUGGGUAAUUUCUGUUUCUUGCGAAUAAGGACCAAAGGAGGCAUUUCUGCCUCUCUUAACAGGGAAAUAAAAGACCACUAUCUACUGACUAUAAAUGCUAUUGAAAGACACACUGGUGCAGAGGCACAGACGCAAGUAAAAGUACAAAUUCUGGACAUGAAUGAUCUCAGACCUCUUUUCUCACCGACUACAUAUAGCUUCUUUGUUCCGGAAAACUCUGCAGCCAGAACAAGCAUAGGCAGAGUUUCUGCCACAGACGCUGACACAGGCACCAAUGGAGAGUACUAUUUCAGCUUCAAAGAGUGGACUGACAUGUUCUCCAUUCAUCCUACUAGUGGGGUUAUAACUCUGACAGGCAAGCUGGAUUACUCCGAGAUGGCUCUUUAUGAGAUUGAUGUGUUGGCUGUGGACAGAGGUCUGAAGCUCUAUGGGAGCAGCAGCAGCAGUAGCACAGCAAAGCUAAAGGUGCAUGUAUUGCAGGCCAAUGAACAUUCACCUGUUAUAACUGCUGUCCCUUUAACUCCUUGGAACACAACCAGCGAUCCCACAUAUGCGCAUGUGACUGUGGAGGAUGCAGAUGAAGGGCAAAAUGGUGAAAUUGCCUCUCUGAACAUUGUAGCUGGAGAUCCACUUCAGCAGUUCAAGACCUUUAGAACAAAUCCUGGAAGCAAAGAAUACAAGAUCAAGGCUGUCAAGAAAGUGGAAUGGGAGGGUUAUAGUUUUGGCUACAAUCUUACAUUGCAAGCCAAAGAUAAGGGAAAUCCGCCUAAGUUUUCCUCAGCGAUAGUUGUGAGGUUGGGAUCACCUAGCGAAUACACAGAGAUUCCUAGAUUCGAGAAAAGUAUUUAUAGAGUUACCCUAAGUGAGUUUGCGCCACCUCACUCUCCUGUUGUUAUGGUCAAAACUGUAGAGAAACAUUCAAAGAUUAAUUACUUGUUAGAAUUUAAAAUGCAACAACACGAUAAUCCAUUUAUUAUCAAUCCAAACACAGGCCUUAUUUCCACCUCUGGACCUAUUAAAGCAGAAAAGGUUAGUCAAUAUGAAUUUGAAGUUGUUAUUAGUGACAGACGAGCAUCGACAAAGGUGGUAGUGAGUGUAAGUGAUAUGAACAACAACGCUCCAGUGUUUCAAAAGUCAAAUUACGAAGCAAGUAUUGCUGAACAUGUGCCUAUAGGAACCAGUGUCUUAACAGUCAGCGCUACUGACAUGGAUGAUGGAGAAAAUGGCUAUGUCACCUAUAGUAUUGUCAAUGUGAACAAACAGCCCUUCGUAGUGGAUUAUUUCACCGGUGUCAUAAGCACCACCGAGGAUCUAGAUUAUGAGACCAUGCCAAGUAAAUUCUCCCUCAGGAUUCGAGCCUCAGACUGGGGCUCCCCUUUCCGCCGUGAAGCCGAGACUAUUGUUUCAAUCUCUCUCACUAACCUAAACGAUAAUAAGCCACAAUUUGAGAAUAUCGACUGUGAUGUUAGAGUGCCAAGAUCUCUAGGGGUCGAUGAGCAAAUAAUAGUGGUGUCUGCCAUUGACGCUGACGAUCUUGGUGUAGUGCAGUACAGAAUUGACACUGGUAAUAACAUGAAUCUUUUUAAACUGGAUUCCACCUCUGGUGUGCUGGCGCUUAAAAAGACACUGAGGGAUGGUGAUGCUGUGAAACAAUCGUUCCACCGUCUGCAAAUAACUGCCAGCGAUGGAGAAAUCUCAAGCACUCCUUUGUUCUUAAAUCUAACCAUUGUUAAUGCUCCAAAACAUGUCCGCUCUAAAUGUGCAGAGACUGGCGUUCUGAGAACUUUAGCUGGGCUGUUGCUUUUCGGCUCUAAACUAGACAGUCAGAAAGAAACAGAGGAUGAAUUUGCAGACAUGCAUUCUGUUAACCGCCAUGCUCCACGGUUUAUAGAGUCCACUCCAGCUGUAAUAGAAGUUAAAGAGAACCUUCCUGUAGGGACAAGCGUGGCACUCCUCAGAGCUGCCGAUUCCGACUCGGGCUUCAAUGGGAAAUUGCUUUUUGUGAUCUCAGGGGGAGAUUUUGAUAGUUGUUUCACGAUAGAAUCUGACACAGGAUGGCUUAAAGUUUUCCAGCCACUCGAUAGAGAAACAACAGACCGCUAUACUCUCAAAAUCACCGUUUAUGACCUCGGCUUACCGCAGAAGUCCUCAUCUCACUUGUUAGAUGUCAAAAUUUUAGAUGCCAAUGACAACAGUCCUGAGUUCCUCCAGCGCAAGUAUAUAGUAGAUAUAAGUGAGGACACGGCUAUAGGAACUGAUAUCAUUCAACUUGAAGCGAAAGAUAAGGAUUUAGGGGUCAAUGGAAUGGUUAGAUACUCAUUUCUCACUGAGACUGAUAAAUUUAACAUUCAUGAAGAAACAGGGAUUGUAAGUGUUAUGCGUCUUCUAGACAGAGAAGCCAAUCCGGUAUUUGUUUUGAGAGUGGCUGCUUUCGAUGCAGCAAUUGAUGAGCCUAAAUUAGUAUCAACAGUGUUGUUACGCAUUAAUUUGGAGGAUGUGAAUGAUAAUCCCCCUAUGUUUGUUCCUCAACAUUAUCACAUUCGAGUGAGAGAAGACAUUCCAGUGGGAACUUUAGUGCUCUGGCUUGAAACUCACGAUCCUGAUCUUGGCCUGUCUGGACAGGUGAGAUACAGUCUAACAGAUGGGGACGACGGAAACUUUCAGGUGGAUAAAAUGUCUGGAGCUGUGUAUGUCUCUCAGACUCUUGAUUUCGAAACAAGACAGAUAUACAAUCUGACAGCAAAGGCCAAAGACAGAGGCAGGCCAAACCCUUUAUCCUCAUCCUGCUUCAUUCAAGUGGAGAUUGUGGCUGUCAAUAAGAACAUGUACCGUCCAAAUUUCCCAUUUUUUGUGGAUUGGGGAACUGUGCUUGAAGACGCCUCAGUUGGCACCUCUGUAUUGAAAGUUGCAGCUCAUGAUGAGGACAGCGGCAGGGAUGGAGAAGUUCGCUACUCCAUACGAGGUGGUUCAGGCCUUGGAGUGUUUACCAUCAAUGAAGAGAGUGGCAUCAUUACAACACAAGAAAUCCUUGAUCGGGAGACAAAUAAUCAUUAUUGGCUCACAGUUUACGCUACUGACCAGGGAAUCGUGCCGCUUUCUUCAUUUGUGGAGGUUUACAUCGAGGUUCAGGAUGUCAAUGAUAAUGCUCCGCUGACAACAGAGCCUGUGUACUUUCCUUCUGUAUCUGAAAACUCUCCCAAAGGCGUCUCCGUCAUCCAGAUCCAAGCGUUUGACCUGGACUCUGAAUCAAGUGAAAAUCUCUCAUAUAAAAUAAGCAGUGGAAAUCCACAAGGAUUUUUUGCCAUUGACUUCCAGACAGGGUUGGUGACAACAACGUCGAGGAAACUGGACCGAGAAAAGCAAGCAGAGCAUCUUCUUGAAAUCACAGUUUCGGAUGAUGGCAGUCCAUCCAAGUCGACCGUGGUUCAUGUGAUAGUCAACGUAUUGGAUGAAAAUGACAACAGUCCCCAGUUCUUGGAAAAGAUCUUUAAAAUCAGGCUGGUGGAACGACUGGAGGCAGUGGAAUGGGAGCCAAUUUAUCGAGUGAUUGCCUAUGACAGAGAUGAGAGUCCCUUCUCUGAUAUCUCAUACGCUAUUGAGGAGGGUGAAGAGCAGGGGAAAUUUUUCAUUGAGCCCACAACUGGGUUUGUGUUCUCUAAAGAGGCUUUUUCAGCGGGGGAGUAUAAUAUUAUCACGAUUAAAGCAUCAGACAAUGGGAAGCCUUCAAAGUCGUCCAUCUGUCGGUUGCACAUUGAGUGGAUUCCAAAGCCUAAGCUGGCUAAACAAGCGCUGGCAUUUGAGGAGAUUCCUCUCUCAUUCUCUGUGAUGGAGAACGAUCCAGUAGCCCAUAUGGUGGGAGUCAUCAGCGCUCAGCCACUUGACUCUCCUGUAUGGUUUACUAUCAAUGGUGGAAGCACUGACAGCCGUUUUGACGUGGAAAAGGCGAGUGGCACAAUCAUCAUUGCUGGAGCACUAGAUGCUGAACGACAGUCAAAUUAUAACCUCACUGUUGAAGCAACAGAUGGAACAAGAUCUAUCAGCACUCAGGUCAUAAUUCAAGUUCUUGACACAAAUGAACACCGUCCCAAGUUUAGCCAAAACCACUAUGAGAUAAGCAUUCCAGAGGAAAUUCAGCCUGGCAUGAAGAUACUGGAAAUAAAUGCAACAGAUAAAGACGAGAACAACAAAUUAUCCUACACACUGUUGAGCAGCACAGACUUAUUUAGUCUGAAGAAGUUUCGUCUUGAUCCUGGAACAGGCUUUCUGUACACCACUGAAAAACUCGACCAUGAAACCAUGCACAGACACAUCCUCACUGUAAUGGUUAGGGAUCAAGGUGUGCCUGUGAAGAGUAAUGUUGUGAGAGUAAUCAUCAAUGUGGAGGACAGUAAUGACAAUCCACCGUGGUUCACUAGCUCUCAGUAUGCUGCCCGUGUGUUUGAGACAGCUGCGAUUGGUUCAUCUGUGUUACAGGUCACUGCUUUGGACAAAGACAAGAGCUUUAAUGCUGAAAUCCUUUACAGCAUAGAUUCAGGAAAUCAUGGAACUUCCUUCAUCAUUGAUCAGUCCUCCGGCAUUAUAACAGUUGCAAGAGAACUUGAUUGUGAGACCAGAGACCAGUAUGAAUUGAUAAUAAAAGCUUCAGACAAAGGAGAACCUUCGCUCAGUGCAGUUACGGCUGUCAGGAUCACAGUCACUAUCUCAGAUAAUACCAAGCCGAAGUUCCCCUCCAAUUCUCUAUCAGCUGAAGUCAGUGAGAACGUUCCUGUUGGGAGUUUUGUAACUUUAGUCUCAGCCUUCAGUCAAUCAACAGUUUUCUAUCAAAUCAUAGAGGGAAAUGAGAAAGGCGCGUUUGACAUCAAUCCAAACUCUGGUGCUGUCAUCACAAGGAAGAAGCUGGACUUUGAAACACUUUCAUCAUAUAAACUGAUUGUCCAGGGAACAGACAUGGCUGAAAUGUCAAGCAGUGUCACAGUUAACAUUUAUUUAAAGGAUGAAAAUGACAAUGCUCCUGUCUUCACCCAAUCUGAAUAUACUGGCUUCAUCAGCGAGUCGGCCAUCAUCAGAAGUGUGGUCCUGAACUCUCAGAAAGCUCCUCUUGUUGUUCGUGCAACAGAUGCUGACCAGCACUCAAAUGCCAGACUUGUCUAUCAGAUUAUGGAGCCAUUUGCUUGUAACUACUUCUCUAUCGAUUCUAGGACUGGAGCGAUUCAAACUCUCAGCAACCUGGAUUAUGAGCAGAGACGGAUAUUUAACUUUAGAGUUCAAGUUCAUGACACUGGGAACCCACGUUUAUUUGCUCAAGACACUGCCAAUGUGACUAUACACAUCAUUAACAUUAAUGACUGCGCUCCCAAGUUCACUCAGGAUUCAUACGAGGCUACUCUUCUCCUUCCGACCUAUAAAGGUGUUAAAGUGAUAACAGUAAAGGCAACAGAUGAGGACUCGCUGCCAGGAAACAAACUACAUUUUGAAAUUGUGGAUGGCAACAUAGGGAACAAAUUCUGGCUUGAUCCAACUUUUGGUGAUAUUUUUGUACAAAAUACUACACAGCUGCGGAGCAGGUACAGAUUGACAGUCCAAGUCUCUGAUGGAAGUUUCAUUGGGUGUGCAAAUGUGAAAGUCAAUGUUAAAGAUAAUAAAAGUCACAAUCUGAAGUUCACGCAGGACAUUUUCACCGCUCAGGUGCAAGAAAACGCUACAGAAAAGAAAACCCUGGCAGUUCUUUCUGUAGUUGGAAAUAGAGUCAACGAGCCUUUGUUUUAUUCUAUUCUCAAUCCUAACAGUAAAUUUGAAAUAGGACGCACAUCAGGAGUGCUUUUCUCUACGGGCAUCCCAUUUGAUCGAGAGGAACAGGAUUUGUUUGAAAUCAUUGUGGAGGUAAUAAAAGAGCCAGGGUUGAAUGGUCCUGCCCACGUGCUUGUGAAAGUGCAAGUUGAGGACGUGAAUGAUAAUGCCCCAUUCUUUGUAGAUCAACCCUAUCAUGCGGUUGUACAGGUUGACCAAACUGUGGGUUCAGUUUUUGCGAAGGUGACCACUGUGGACAGAGAUAUAGGCAAAAAUGCUGAGAUUACAUACUACUUGAAAGGUCAUGAUAAAUAUUUUCAGGUGAACCCAUUUGGAGAAAUAUCUCUAAAGAGGCCUCUUGAGUUGGAAAGCAUUGGCAAGUAUGUCAUUAACAUCACUGCGCAAGAUGAAGGUGAACCACCACUAUUCUCAAAUGCAGAGGUUGUUAUUUCAGUGGUGAACAAAGCCACACCAAUAUUUGAAAGACCUUUUUACAAGAUUGAAAUCCUCGAGAAUGUGCUAGUAGGUACAUCUAUACUCCAAGUUGUAGCCAAUCAAUCUGCAGGACCUCGUACUGUCUACAGCAUCAGUGGGGGAAACCCAUUCAGUCAGUUUGACAUUCAUUUUAACUCUGGACUCAUUAAAGUCAUCCAGCCAUUGGAUUAUGAGGCUCAUCCAGCAUAUCGGUUAAGCAUCCAGGCAACAGAUUCUUUGACCGGGGCCAACUCUGAUGUUUUUGUAGACAUUAUAUUAGAAGAUGUCAAUGACAACGCACCUAAAUUUGAAGCAGCAGUGUAUAGUAUUAGCAUCUCUGAAUCUACUGUAAUUGGAACCUCUGUACUGCAAGUGGUAGCCAUGGACCCUGAUGCACAAAGCAAUGCUAUAUUGUUUUAUAAACUGCAUGAAAGGGAUGGAUCGACUUCAGAUCACUUCAGAAUAGAUGCCGAGACUGGAGUUAUUUGGACUGCAGGACUACUAGACCAUGAAACCCAAUCUCAGCAUGAUCUGAUUGUAAAAGCUGUUGACGGUGGGGCAAUUCAGCUGUCUUCUGAAGUCCAAGUGACCGUAUAUAUAACUGAUCUUAAUGACAACCCACCUAUUUUUGCACAACAGCUUUAUAAUGCCACUAUAAGUAAGAUUUCUUCUCCAGGGCAGCUUGUGACCUGUGUUAAAGCAUUUGAUGCUGACAGUCAUGGUAGCAGUAAUCUCGAGUAUGCCAUUUUGUCAGGAAAUGACAACAACAUUUUUGCAAUUGAUGCGUUAAGUGGAGAAAUUGUGAUUGCCAACAUCAGCAGACAAUCUCUUAAGCACUUCUACAGCUUAAUACUGUCAGUGACUGAUGGUGUUUUCUGUGCUAGCGCUGAAGCUAACAUCUAUGUGAUGGGUGAAAAUAGCCACAGCCCAUCAUUUACUCAGGACGAGUAUCUUAUUGAACUUGCUGAGAACUCUCCAGUUGGUACGCUUGUCGGACAAGUUGAAGCCAUUGAUGAGGACCCAGGGAAAUACGGACAACUGACAUUCUUCAUUAUGAAUGAUAUCGCCAGGGAUAAAUUUAACAUCAAUGAAGAUGGACAGAUUUACACAGAAGAGAGCUUUGACAGAGAAAACCCAGAAGAGAAAAUAAUUAGAAUCAGUUUAAUGGCUAAAGAUGGCGGUGGUCUAUUAGGCUUUUGUAAUGUCAUUGUAAUUCUCUCUGAUGUGAAUGACAAUUCGCCUAAAUUCAAGCAUUCAGAAUAUAAAGUUACUGUGCCAAGAGAUGCCCCUAGCAGCACAACAGUAAUCAAAACAACAGCAGUAGAUGAAGAUGAGGGAAGUAAUGCUGAUAUCGUAUACACUAUUGAAUCUGAUAUAGACCACUUUGAAAUUCAUUCACUUAGUGGUGCGAUUGUCACAAAAGAAAGCCUAAUUGGACUGGAAAAUGGCCUGUAUUCCUUCUUUGUGAAGGCUAAAGAUUCUGGAAGCCCACCAAAGCAAUCUAUUAUUCCAGUUUCAAUUAGAAUAGUUCCCCCUGAAACAUCAAUCCCAAAGUUUGCCGAGCCGUCGCUGUGGUUGGAGCUUUCAGAAGACCUGGCUGUCGGAACUGAGAUGGAUAUCUUCCAAGCCGAAAAUGAGCUUUCUGUGAUCUACAGCCUUGUUGGAGGGAACACCCCAGAGAGUAACAAACAUGAUGUCUUUGCUAUUGACAGCACAACUGGUAAGCUUAUACUCACAAAACGACUAGACUAUGAAACUAUAAAAUGGUAUCAUCUCGCAGUGCAGGUUCGAGAUGUCAAAGAUGACAUGGAAAUUAUCUCAACUGUAGAUGUGAGUGUCCAUCUCAAGGAUGUCAAUGAUAACAGCCCACAAUUUGAGUCCUUCCGCUACCAGUCGUGUAUUGCUGAAAACCUGCCAAAAGGGACUUCUGUAGUGCAGGUUAAGGCAACGGAUCUGGAUUCUUGGCUGAAUGGCCAGAUCACGUAUGCUCUGCAUGAAAACCAGCAGCCCCCUGAUGUUCUUCAGUUGUUUUCAGUGAACAGCGAGACGGGUUGGAUAACCACCCUCAUGGAAAUAGACAGGGAAAAGACAGACCAAUAUCGAAUCACAGUGGUGGCCACAGACGGAGCCCAAGGGCUACAGAUGACAGGCACUACUGUUGUAGAAGUGACAGUUGUGGACACAAAUGACAACCCUCCGUUAUUUACUGAAGCAGUUUUUAAAGGCGCUGUAAGAGAAGAUGAAUCUACACCAGGCACAGUUGUAACCAUUCUCAGCUAUGUUGAUUCUGACAGCGAUGAGGUCAACAGGAGGUUCAACUGCUUCAUCACAGGUGGAGACCCGCAGGGCCUGUUUGAUGUGAAGCACACAGAUGGUGUUUGGGUGGUCGCUGUCAGCAAAACCCUGGACAGGGAGGAGAGAGAUUUCUAUCUUUUAAACAUCACAGCCACCGAUGGAACCUUUGUGGCAAAGGCGGCCGUAGAGAUCACUGUCCUGGAUGCAAAUGACAACAGUCCUGUUUGUGAGAAGGAUGUGUAUGCUCAAGCUGUUCCAGAAGAUGUACUCAUCGGAAAACACAUUCUUCAAGUCUCAGCCACUGAUGCAGAUAUCCAGUCAAAUGCAGAAAUCACGUACCAGCUAAGCGGCAGUGGAGCUGAAUCAUUUACAAUUGAUAGCAAGACAGGUGCAGUGAAAACACUGGCAACUCUGGAUAGAGAGGUAACAGAUGUGUACAACCUAACAGUGCGUGCAGUAGACAAAGACAAUCACUUCUGCCAAGCUUCUUUGCUCAUCACAGUUGAAGAUGCAAAUGACAACGCACCCAAAUUCACAUCUGACCCACAUCAUGUGAGCAUUUAUCAGAAUACACAACCUGGAACAUACGUGGCACGACUGGAGGCCUUCGACGCAGAUAUCGGGAUGAACGGUAAAAUACGUUACUCAUUUGAGGACUCUGCAGGAGGUUUGUUUUCAAUUGAGGAGAGCUCAGGAAUCAUCAGUUUAGAAAGAUCCCUGGACAAACAGAUGAAGGCCAUGCAUGUUUUGAGGGUACGUGCGACAGACCAGGGCUUUCCCCAUAGACUCUCCUCUCUGGGCUCUGUGGUGGUGACAGUGCUGGAUGCUAAUGACCAUCCACCGGUGUUUGAGCGAAGGGAAUACAUUUCCACAGUUCCGGAAGAUGUUACAAUAGGGACUAAGCUACUGAAAGUCUUCGCUGCAAGCAAGGACAGGCAAAUGACUUCCCAAAUAACAUACUCUUUCAGCAGCGGCAAUGAGCAAGGAGCUUUCCGAAUCGAUUCACAGACAGGUGACAUCUUUGUGAUGGAGCCCCUGGACUAUGAGGAAUCUUCACAGCACUAUCUGACAGUGAAGGCCACUGUCGGUGGGAAGCAGUCACUCAGUGACAUGGCUACUGUUAGCAUUCACCUCCAAGACAUCAACGACAACAGCCCUGUGUUCAGCCAGAAGAUAUACUCUGCUGUAGUCAGUGAGGACACCAGACUUGCAAGCACAGUGUUGACGGUACUUGCGAAUGAUCUUGAUGGGCCUUUAAACAACCAAAUCCGCUAUUCCAUUGAAGAGAGCAACCAGAGCUGCCCAUUCAUCAUGGACGCAGUCAGUGGUGAACUGCAACUGGCCCGUCAGUUAGACAGAGAGAUGGUAGCGAGUUACAUGCUGACCGUGAUGGCCUCCGACAGCGGAAGUCCCCUCAAAUCCGACAGUGCAGCAAUCAACAUUGCUGUGUCUGAUGUGAAUGAUAAUCCCCCUGUCUUCUCUCAGGCUAACUACAGUCUCAUCAUCCAGGAAAAUCUACCUUCAGGGACCAGCGUGUUACAGCUCAAUGUGACAGACAACGACUCCCUCCAUAAUGGGCCUCCUUUCUCCUUUAUCCUGAUAGGCGUAGAAGCAAACCCCUUUAGCAUAGACCAGCAGGGUUUGGUUAAGACCGCUGGACCAUUGACAAAGGGCCAGUAUACACUCCAAGUGCAGGUGUCUGACAAUGGAAAACCUCCACUAAAAUCAGUCACAUUUAUCACAGUUCUUGUAGCUCAGGCCAGCAUGUUUCCUCCAUCUGUGCUUCCUCUCGACAUUUUCAUCAUCCUCCUGGAAGAUGAAUAUUCUGGAGGCACACUGGGAAAAAUCCAUGCCACAGAUCAAGAUGAACACGACACACUCGCAUUCAGCCUGGACCCACAGUCCCACAGCUUGUUUUAUAUCAUUGGCACAGACGGCAGACUGUUGGCGCGUGAAGGCCUGGACGUGGGUCAUUACCAGCUUAACGUCUCGGUCAGCGACGGACAUUUUUCAGUUUCGUCCAUUGUCAAAGUGAAUGUCUUGCAGGUCACAGAGCAGAUGCUGGACAGCUCUAUCUCUAUACGCUUCGCUGGCAUCACCACGGAGGAUUUUAUCCAGGACCAUUGGAAAAAUUUCCAGAAAAUGCUCCGCAGCGUGGCUGGAGCCCGCAGGGGUGCUAUCAAUUUGAUCAGUCUGCAAUCUGCUGGAUUUGGCAAUGGCCUGGAUGUUCUUUUGUAUUUUGAGAGACCCGGACGAGGCGCCGGUGCACUGGAGGCUCUCUCUCAGAAGAUAAGCUCUUCCAGAGGAGCCAUCAAGGAGAUGACUGGACUGCAUGUUGUGAGGGUUUUGAACAGUCGCUGUUUAAGCUCUGAGUGUCCUGAUGGCAAGUGUAGACGGGUGCUUCUGUUUAACCAGACUACUAUGGGUGCAUACAGCACUGCACGAGUGAGCUACAUCACACCCAGACAUCACAUGACGGCCAAAUGUCUGUGCACAGACAGUAAGUGUCUGAAGCAGGAAUACACCUGUGUAAACAGCACAUGUCCAGAGGGCUAUGAGUGCGUGUCAGGCUUUGGACAAGACAAACACAGCUGCAUCUGCACAGGUGCUGCCAAAGUCAAAUGCUCAGGAGGAUCUUCAAUGACAUUUAGUGAGAGCAGCUAUAUUAAAUAUAGCCUGAUGGAAAGUAUGAAAGGACUGAAGCUCACGCUCAAGUUAAAAACUCUCUCAACAGAAGGAACAAUAAUGCUUGCCAGAGGAACGGGCCACAGCAUUCUAGAGAUAGCAGGAGGCAGACUGCAGUUCCAGUUUGACUGUGGCUGGGGUUUUGCCACAGUCUCUGUGCACAGCGUCCUGGUGAAUGAUGGACAGUGGCACAUGGCAGAACUUGAGGUGAAGGGAAACUAUGCCAGGCUGGUUCUGGAUCAGCUCCAUUCAGCAUCAGGCAUCGCGCCCGGCCCUCUUCACUGCCUUAACCUGGGUGAGCAGGUGGUGCUAGGUGGACACGCUCAACACCUCGGUUCCAGACGCAGACGAAAUCUGCCUGCAUCAAACAGCCUGCAGGGCUGCAUGGACUCGGUGCUGCUUAAUGGACAUAGACUGUCCUUGGACUCUGGUGGUCCAUUAGGAGUUACUAUUGAGGACAUGGUGGGAGUUUCUCCGGGAUGUUUCGGCUUCACAUCUCCAGUCUGCUCCAGUAAUCCUUGCCUCAAUGGAGGGAGCUGCUUAAUGAGGCAGAGUGGAGGUAACAUUUGCAAAUGCAGUCCUUCAUUCUCUGGGACUCGCUGUGAGGUGAAGAUCAGUCCUUGUGACUCAAACCCUUGUCUGUAUGGAGGAACCUGCAUCCAAAAUAACCUGGACUACUCAUGUAAAUGCCGGGGCAAGUACUCCGGUCAAAGGUGUCAGAUAGGUCCCUACUGCAAAGAGAAUCCAUGCCAAAAUGGUGGACAGUGUAUAGACAGUCUUGAUGGAGCCAUUUGUGAGUGUGAGCCAGGAUUCAAAGGAGAAAGAUGCAUGAUCGAUGUUGAUGAGUGUGUGGACAGGCCGUGUUUCAAUGAUGGCCAUUGUGUAAACACACAUGGAUCGUUUACCUGUUCCUGCAUGAUUGGAUUCAGUGGAAGACUGUGUGAGAUAGGCACAGAAGUAAGCAACCAACCUAUAUCUUCAUCCUGGAACUCUUGGAUUGGAGAACUGGUCGCAAUACUGGCCUUCCUGGCAGUCAUCUUUGUUGUGACAUUACUCUUCUUAAUAGUGUGGAAAGGUUCCUGUAAACGUAUAAAGAGAGAUAAAGACCUUGAUAAGUACAAAGACAUUGACUCUUACAUUCAGAGGUUGAGUUUUUACAACCAUGGCAAAAACAAAUCCCGCUCUGACACCCCACCGCUGGUCCCCGUGCGACCCAUAUCCUACACACCCAGCGUUCCUGGAGAAUGUCGAAACAACCGAGGCUCAGUGCCUGAGCUCAGUAACUUCACUGCAGAUCCACUUUUUGGUCUUAGGAAGUCUGUGGCUGUGUGCAGUGUGGCCCCUAAUUUGCCACAUCGCAAAGCAUCCUAUUCUCACUCAGAAAAUGACUCCAUACAGCAGAUGGACUGGGAUGAGGAGUAUGACGAAAAAAUACUAGACUUGACUUCCUGUUUAGCAAUGGAGGAUGACUAUAUUUCACUUUCUCGUGAUAAUAGAGGGCUGCAGUCCACAUGCUCACUCCAGUCAGAUGUCAUGGAUGACAACAGCUAUUACUGGGAUACCUCAGAUUGGCAGCAGAAUAUCUACUCUCCUGGAAUUCAAGGUUUUCUGCAGUAUGAGUUUGUGCAGAUGACUUCACCGAUACACACCUCUCCAGAAACUGUCCACAUGGACUUCACCACUGUUGGCGAAGACAUCGAGACUUUCCUGCCAUUAACAACUCUCCUACCUAAUUCUGACCAGUUUACCAGGCCAGAGGGCCACCAUGCAAUCCACCCAACAGUGAGGUCAAACUUUAUGACCUCCAGUCAACAUCCCAGCCCUGACUCCCCAGAGUCCGUCCAAACAACCGCAGAGAUGCUUCAAGACCAACAUAUAAGGUCCUCUGAGACUGUGGAUUUCUUGGAAAGUCCUGUUUGAGACCCACACAACUCUAAACUUCAUUCCCCAGUGGUUAGAAAUCCAAUUUUAUGGUUAGUGACCAUGGAAAACUUCAUGAAGAUCUGGUUGGCAACACUACCAGAGGCGGAGGUGUGACUGCAGUGGGUUUCUGUACUAUAAUUCGAAACCACCAUUAAACUUUCAUGCAGAAUCGUCUGUCUUUUGUCAUCAAGUCAAAUCUUGUCAAAUAGGAUACUGUAAGUCACCCCACAUGCAAUCGCAGAUUUCUUCAGUGUUUCAAACUGAAUAAAUCUGCCUCAGAAAGGAACAGAUCGAUGAUGGCUGCCAUAAUGAAGGGUCAAUCCAAACUGAAAUCCUCAAACUGAACAUUUCUUUUGGCCCUUCUUAAUGAAGAUUUUUUUGAAGGGUACAUUCAUGGGAUGCUGGUGAUUUCUAUGACUCUUUGGUGUGUUUAAUUUGUGGCACCAAGAAUACAAGAUAAUACAGAAAUGUAUUGAAGGUUAACAGUUUUUUAGUCCUAACACCCUUCCUCCUCUAACUCUAAAGGGAAAAACAAUCCUGCUCCAGAAAUGACAUUGUCCUGCAGAGUUUAAACCGUUGAAAAAUUACCUGCCUUUAUUCAUAAUGAAGCACAUUCUAAAUACAGGAUACAGGAUAAAUCUGCUUCCUAAGGGCACAGAAAAUUAAACAUUCAAUACAUACCGAAGUGUAUAAAACUGUCCACUUUGUAUCGUCCUUUGUAAUGAAGGAUUUUAUAGUAAACUGUACCGGACAAAGGUGACACCACAAUAUUAUACUAAACUAUACAGUGGUCAUCCAGGAUGUAGUUUGAACCUACAGUACCUGGACUGGGCAUUAGAAUGCUCCAUUCAAUGCAGGCUUGUGUUUCCGUUGGAAUAAAUCCACCUCUGAAAGGCAGUGUACACAAUUUUGUCCAAAGCAAACUCAGACUUGACAGCUUUGAGGGGCCUUUUUUGAAUGAAGGAUUUUGAAGGGUACAAGGAAUGGGACACUGUUAGCUCCCAUGAUUUAGCAUAUAUCUGAUGUGAUCAUGAUUGCAUUCCAAUGGUAUACUUUACACCCUUCAUCCCUGAAUCUCACUUUGCAAAGUAAACCUUUUGACGGUAUUUGGCCAAUGGUGUCGAAUCCUGAUCCUGUUCAAUGUCUUGCAGCUCCAUAUAACUUCAAAACACUUUCUAGAAGUUUCUAGUGAAUCCGAAAACCUUGAUUAAGGCAUGUUUAAUCAGGGUUGGAGCUGUGAAGGACAGUGGGAUUCAGAAGAUCAUUUGGACACAACAGGCUUUGAUUUGGGAUGAACAAGAUGAGUUUUUUUUUGGUCCCCUAGACCAUUCAUAUUUAAAAGCUCAUUCCUUCAAAGGGAUUAGGGCCUAUGUAAUAUCCCUUUUCAAUGAAACACAGCCUUACUUUGAAGGUGCAUUUAGUAAUUUGUUUGUUUAAAAUACACUGAGAGUGUUCUUGUACUUUAUUCCAAGACCAAGUGGUGUGGAUGAAGUAAUAACACACAUUAUUUUUUUAUUUUGUAUAAAUCAGUCAUAAUAUAUAGUUCUCAGC